AUGUCGACAGGACUUCGCUUCAAGUGCAUCUGUGCGCGCUGCUUGCAGCAUCCUGACGGAUUCAUGUACCAGACACAGCAGGUUAUUGCAAAACAUACAAAGAAGUGGCCCCCUGUUGUGCAACCAUCGGCCAUCCAGGCCAGUAUCAGCACCAACACAGGCACGGAUCCUAUGACCAAUUUGUCCAGGCCAUCAUCUGAAGGUACUGGCAACAACCAAGAGAGACCACAGGGUCGAUUGCCAACGGUCGAAGAAAAUGAGUACGACUUUGACUUUAUAGAUGACAACCUACCUGCAGGGGAGUCAGACAAUCAUCCAGUUCCUAUCCCACAUCCAAGAAGACACCAAGUACCUGGCAACCAGCUGCUUCAAGACUUCAAUUUCUGUCCAGUGGCAUGA